AUGGGGACCAGCGAGGAACUGGAGCACGCUGCUGCAGAGCUGAAGGCCAACAUGAAUGAUGCAAAGGCUGCCAUGCAAGUAUUCCAGGACAGGGCCCGGUUCUCAACUGUCGCUGGCGUGUUGAAGCCCAUCUUCCAAGUGGCCGGAGCCAUUCUGAAACUGGUGCUGGGCAAACGGGAGAGCGAGGAGCUGAUCUACAUGAAGGAGCAGUUCCAGACCGUCAGGAACCAGCUGGAUGUCAUUUCAGAGCAGAUCAGGCAGGUACUGUGGGAGAUCGAGAGAAGCACCAUCAACAACCAGUACUUUCCCAUUGAGGAAAACCUCAAGAACCAGUUCAGGAAGUACAUGGACAUCCUCAACGCAGCGCCAGAGUUCCGACAGAAGGAGAAGGAAGAGUUCCUGACACACUUUGACGUGACCAAGGGAGACCAGAACCUCCGCACUCUCUAUGAUGCGGUGAUGGGUUUCUCUGCCGUCUUUGGCAAACCCAUCCUGGAGACCGCCAUGAACUGUGACCAGAGGAACCGGCGCCUGAUGGAGGGGCUCUGCGCCCGAUUGAAAGAGCUCUUCUGCAUCGGUCUGAUCGCCCUGUUGGGACACGCCGCCGUCACCGGGAACGACGUCGAAGCGUUGAAAAGAGAAUGGGACGAGAAAUUAGCUAAAGUCGAGGGCAAAAUGAAAUCCAUGAUAGAUCGGUGCAUCCAUGAGUUUGCGCAGCAGGCGGAGAUAGAUGUGGAGAGACUGGUGAAGGAGAAGGGUGAGAGAGAUACAAAAGCUUUCUCCUACACCACCGACCCAAAGCCCAUUGACGAGGUCCACAUCACGCAGUUAAUGCAGGGGAAAGACAGCUGGAAUGAUGCCAGAGAUGUGGUCGAAUACAUCUCCAGCAACCUGCUGCCCACCUACGUGGUCCACGCAGUCAGGCGCUACAAAGACCUGUGAACCAAGAACUUCCCCAGAGACAGCCACUCCUGGGAGACCUACAGCGGGGUCACCCUCUGCGUCCAUUCCGCAUGA